CCCAGUGACGUUAGAUCAGUAAUUCCACCUUUCCUCUGCGCAAAAUCAAGCGCCAGAAGCGAUGGAAGUGCAAAGCGUCUCCACUGGUGCGCCGAGCAGCUCCAUCUCUGUCCCGCACCUGCAGCUCAAAUGUUCUGGGGACGAAACUUACCUGCGGGGUAACGCUGACGGUCAGUGCUCUGCUCCCUCCAAAGUCUGGCUUGCUUACAAGCACGCAUCGCAGCAACUGAAUUCCUCCGGAAUCAAAGCGGGCUUGGGCUUACUUAAAGUAGCCACGCUUCAGUGGAAACAAGAAAAGAAGACAGGCGGUGCCAAGAGCGACCAUCCCUGUAAGAGAUCCCCGCUGGAUCAGCUGGCAGCUUUAGUUUUCCACGGUCCGACCCGCCGCAGUGGUCUGGAGCACCGGCCGGACCCGCUUUACCUCACCAAGCCGCAGAACUGUAAGCGCAUCGUGGUUCUCGGUGCGCCACGGGUUGGUAAGACCUCCAUCCUCAGAAGGUACCUCCGAGACGGCUUUGUGGAGGACUACAGUCCGACCUCAGAGGAUUUCCUUCGGAAGUUGUUUUGCAUCCGCGGGGAGACCUACCAAAUAGACAUCCUUGAUGCGUCCAGGGAGAGGGAUUUCCCAGCCAAGCGUCGACUCUCCAUUCUCACUGGAGACAUUUUCCUGCUUGUCUUCAGCCUUGAUGACAGGAGUUCUUUCGAGGAGGUGUGCUCCCUGCGAGAGGAGAUUCUGGCCGCUAAAUCCAAACUCACCAAGUCCUCGGCCCCGGCGCACGGCGCACAGCAGCGGGUCCCGCUUGUGGUCUGCGCCAACAAGGUGGACCUUGAUUCUCAGAGAGGGGUUUCACACGCAGACGUGGUCAAGGCACUCGGGGGCGACUGCACCUAUUUUGAAACGUCUGCAAAGGACAGCACCAAUCUCGACAAAGUGUUCGAGACUCUGGCGAAACGAGGUGGCCUUCCGAUGGAAACGGGCCCGUUUCAGCACCGCAAAGUGUCCCUCCGGUCAUACCAGGCCCUGCGCACGGACCGUACCGCGUGGAGGGGAGGGAGGGUGGUGGGGCGAGAUGACCCCUGCGGUACCCUGUACCCGCUGGCCCGUCGGCCGAGCUUCACCACUGAUCUCCGACACAUCAUUGGACCACACAAGGGAACAAAAGCCGGCCAAGGACUGGAGAAGUGUCAUAUUCAGUGAAGGGAUACGGACUGAGAGCCAGAAAAACAACGCAUGUGCACUUUUAUUCCAGAAUAUAUAUAAUUACAUGCUUUUAAGUUGAUUUUUUUAAAUAAAUGUUUUACAUAAAAUAAACUGUGUCUUAUUAUGUUUUGAGAAAUCAGUUUGUUAUCAUGCU